GACUUGAAAGUGAAAUGUUAUUUUUGGCAUAGUUUGACAUUAACAUAUUCAUAAAACAAAGCAGGUGACCUAAAUCAAUUUGGGGGAAAUCCAACACCAGUAGUAUCACUAGUUUGCAACCGGAAACAACAGUUGAUGGCCGGCUUACUAGCGUGGGCGGCCGACGUCGUCGGAGGCGGUGGCGGUGGGUGGAGCGACGAAGAGGCUGAUCCCAAUUCCAUACCUCUCAUCUUCACGCCCGAGCAACUGACCUACGUUAAGGAGCUAGACAGCAAAACAGCUUCUCUCAACCGCGCGAUCCAAGAUCUGCGGCUGAGACUGCCCCCUCCCGAUAUUUCUCAACGCCUUCCUCAUCUCCACGCUCAUUCUCUUGCCUCCAACAACGCUCUCGCUCUUCAGCUCAACGCCCACUCCUCCACCAAACAAGAGGCACAGCAGAGAGAGGCUAGGUUGCUGCAAGAAAAUGCUGAGUAUCAACAUGCUAUAUCCAACUGUGAAAUUAAAAUUCAAGAGAAGUUACAGGAAGCAGAUUUGCUCCUAAGUAAGUUGAAGGAACUGGAUUUGAUUGAACAGAACCUGUUAGCUGAGUUGCAAAGAGCACAAGUUUCUGCAGAUGCCAGCAAUUCAGGAGAGUCCAAUAGAAUGCUUAACGAAUCCCAGCAAACAAUUAAAGCUCAAGAAGAUGCAAAAGCUGCCAAAUCUGCAUUGAUGAAGAAGUUGGAUAGCAAGAGAAAAGAAUUGGCUGCAAUAGAAGAGAUUGUUCAAGAAUUGGAGAAAAAAUGGCUGCAGGUCCAAGAUAGCGCAUUAAAAAAACCAACCCCAGCUCAGCGAGAGAAAGCAUUGGAUAAACAGCUUCACAGCUUAAUUGAACAACUUGCAGCGAAGCAGGCUCAGGCAGAAGGUCUUAUCGGUGAAAUCCAUAUAAAGGAGAUGGAGCUAGAGAAGUUAAAUGGGAUACGGAGAAGAAUCGAAAAUGGCAGUUUAGAUACCAAAUUUUCAAGGAAUAGGUUUGGAAGAAGCAACUCUUAUCAAGAAUCUCUAUCUUCUGAAUACAUUGACGCUCGCCACAAGCUUCCUGUUCAUAUGGGUGGUCGGAAUGAGAGUUUGCAGAGGUUAAUGUUGCUCAGAUCAGCUUUUGUUGUCUACAUUUUGGUUUUGCACAUACUGGUAUUUAUCAAACUUUCAUUCUGAGGUUCGACCACUUACUCAAAUUUGAUUAUAUGCAAAAGCUAUUGCAUUUCUUAA